UCCUUCUUGCUGCCUAUAAAGACUCCUUGCUUCUUCUUUUCUAUCUUUUCUAUCGCUCUCCUUCCCUUCCCUCAUUACCCUAAUUCAUAAUAGUGUCUGUCCUCCCCUUCCCCAUUUCCCCUGAUUAAGAUUUGUAAUAAACUGGUUGGACCAACAUUUGAACCGUUGCUUCUUAAUCUCACGCCGGGUAUAUAGAUAAUAAAAGAACCUCCUCUCCCUCCUAUAAAUUGGAGCGAGACAUUUAUUUAAUGGCGUAGUCGUUGCAGGAUACCCGCUGUGAGAGUGUUGUCCUUCCAGACAUAGUCUGAAACUUUCCUUGUGUGUACCUCCUGGAGUUGCAUGGAGCGAUAUUUUUUGAAAACUUAGACGUGAGUCCUUCUCCAGGAAGACUGCUCCGCAUUCUGAAACUUUGCUGUUUAUGUGUAUACCUCUCGGGGACGUAUGAAUUAAUUUUGAUUACGUGUGUGCCUUCUCGAGAAGACCUCUCUGAAUUUUGCGAUUUUAAGUAUCUUGUAACUUAACUGUGAAAUUUGGACCUUUUUGUGUGCUCCCCUCAGACAAAGGGAAGAGUGCUUUGAGCAUUUGCAUUUGUAAAGUGUCUGUUUCCCUGGGGAGAUAAGGAGUCACUUGAGCUUUUGAAUACGUACACCUCCCUUAGUGUAGGUCUUUCAUUGUAUUGAAAAAAUGAGCGACAGCAUUGCCACCAUGAAAAGUGAAGAUGUAUUAUUUGAUCUUUUAGAAAAACAUGGUGCUCGACCCUCUUUAUCAGGCAUGGAUUGGGCACGACAGAACUGGUAUAACUUACAAAGUGUUUCGGACCGCAUUAGUGUCUUACAGAAUGAGGCUCGUACACGAGCUGGAAAAGGAAAGUCGUUUAUUUGUGCCGUACUCGGGGCUACUUUAAAAGCUGCUGUGGAGUUCCGUAAUGAAAAGCAUUCGGCAGAAUUCCAAACCAUAGAAGCACUACAGGAAUCGGUUAAAGUAACACAAGAAUUGGUGAAAACUCUGCAGAAUCAAAUAGUUAGUCUCGAGGAACAAUUAGAAAGAGAGAAACGUAAUUCAGCUUUGUUGCAAAUGGCUUUUAAGGAACUGCUAACGUGUAAGCAUGCCAGCCAUACUGUCACCCACAGUUUGCCUCGAGAAAAAACUUUUCCUCAGGUGGAACUACCAGGAAUGAAGGAAAGGCUAGACAAAUUAGAAACUCCAAUAGCCCCAUUGCGUCCUUUGAUAAAAACUGAAUAUACAUUUGAUAACAGUGAGGAUCUAGAUCCUCAAAUGAAUGUUAAGGAAAUUCCCUUCUCAGCCACUGAACUAGCAAAAUUGAAGAAAGAUUUUAGCCGCUCUCCAAAGGAAUCUGAAACAGAGUAUGUAUGUAGGGUUAGCCUCACUGGUGGAGACCAGAUUCUGCUAACAGAAAAGGAGGCGGAAGGUUAUUGGGGACCAGGAGUAUUUUUAACUACUGGUAACAGUCGUGCUCCCUGGUCCUUAACACAAAGGGCUGCCUAUUGGGCAGGUGGUCUCAACCCUUUAGAACAGGGAGACCCUCCUGCCAUUACUGGAACUACUGACCAAUUAGUAGAAAGCGUUCAAAAGGCUGCUUGUCUCCAAUUGAUGUAUGAUAGAAAGCUGCAGCCAUACCAUGAAUCACCUAUGAUGAUGCCUGUCGAUCCUGAAAGAAUGACCCCUCUAAUUAGGGGGCUUCCAGAGUCGUUAAAACCUAUAGGGAUACAACUGCAAGGAAAAAUAGAGGCUAUGUCUCAGGGAGAGAGGACCCGGCCAGUGUUAGAAUGAACUGUAACCCCCAACCAUAUGCAGUCAGGAAACAAAGCAUGGACUUGGGGAGAGGUUGCCCAAGAGUUAAUUAACUAUGGAAGGAAAUAUGGGCCAGUGGUUUCUUCCUCCACUAAAUUUGAGCCAAGAGAAGUAAGACUUGCAGCAGUCAGCCUUGCCUCCAGGCCUCCUAGCCCAAAGCUCAGUGGGACUGGAAGGGUCUCACUGUCAGUAAAUACAGGUAGGCAAAAUAUUGAUCAUAAAUGUAAUUGUCUCUGGACACUGGGCUGGCAAAAGGGUGUUCCACGAGAUUUGAUGAAUGGAUUACCCACUGUCUGUUGCCUUUGCUUCGGCAACCUCUGAUUAAUGUCCCGUCGUGAAGUGCUCAGACAGCCCCGGCCAAAUCACACGCUUUAUGACACCAAUGUGGUGAGCGGCAAAUGGCACUUAUUGCAAGCAACACACUCUUCUUAUAGUUGUCCCUUAUAUCACAGUGCUACCAAUCACCCUUGCUACGGUUAUCUGUGUCCAAUAGACAUGUGGCAUGUCUUGUCUUGCCAUGUCUCAUCAUGGUUUUCUUAUGAGUGAAGGAGCCCCUGCAGAGCCUGAUGACUGUUACAGCCCCCCUUUCACGUAUUCGCUAACCACACAAGGGGCCCACACAGAUUACGCCUGGUGACCUUGACAGCCCCCGCUUUACGUAUUUUGUUGACUACAUCUCUAACUUGCGUAUUUUGUUAACUACAUCUCCCCCUUCCUAAGCUCAAGCAAAUCUACUACAACUCGAGAGGACCUGAACCGCGUACACCCCGAAAUCCCCGCAUUACGCCUAUACAUGCCAUUGUCCUCUCGGUUAAGCCUUUUGUCCCAUUACAUCGCGAUUCGCCAAAUAAUCCUACCCUAAUGUCUUAAACCAUACUUAUAAAUGUAAUAUACCUAUAUGCCUAUAUAUAAUAUGACUAUAAGUGUAAAGUAUAUUAAUAUUAGACCUAAUACAACUAUAACUGAAUAACGAAUAGAGUUAAACAGAGUUAAACAUUCUCGUCGCUUUGGUGGACCAUCCCAGAAGCACUUCCCAUCAGUGGUGUUCUCUGUCCUUCUUUACUCUCUCUAGGACACGAUGUAUCUCUUCUGUGUCAUGGUGAAUGGUGAUCAAGGUUUUCUGUCCAUUGUCUCUUACACGUUUCAGCAACUGGUGCAGGUCAUCAUGUUGCAAAAACUUCCUUACCAAUGUCCUUCCUUGGUAAGCCAAAACGAGAUUCAUCCCACUUGGAGUAGGUGAUAGGUCUUUAAUCACCGUAUAAUUAUCCUGCAAGAACUGAUGUGAUGUCACCGACACUAAUUAAAGCCACAUCCUACAAUACUAGUAAAGUUAUAGACAGAGAGGUUAGAGAUUAGAGCGAUUGCUGAUAGCUCUAGUGGCACUAUCUAUGAGUAUGAAAUUACAAAGAUCCUUAUACAAACAUAACCUUUCCCAAUAUAUACCAACAUUGUCUUAGGUACCUGUUGGAGUGUACCUCAAAAAUGACAAACAUUUGUUCAAUAUCAAGGCAGAUGUCUCAGGCUUUGAGAGCAUUGCUCUCACAAACCAGCUGUAUGGAAUUGCUUGUUCUCCAGGCCUCAAUCUGGCCACCUGUCCCUGAAGGGAACCCAUUCUGAUGCCCACAAUGCAUACUGCACUGGCUUAAGCACCAUGCACAUCAGAUUUGUUACAUGAGGAAAGAGAAGGCCUGAUGCUGUCAGGACUUCUAAUGCAUUUAAAGUGAGGAGUGAUUUCAAUCCCCGUUGCUCUGCACAAUCUAUCAGGUGUGUGAUGUCUUUCAGAUCGAGGGAUACCUCUUCCGGGCCUCUGUUAUCGUUCCCUACUAUCAGGAAGAUCUCCAGUACUCUUCCUUCCUCUAUCAGGCUAGAUCUAAACUUCUCACCAUGCACUAACAGUGCAUCUCUCUUAACUCCUAAAUGCAAAUUCACCUCUCUCCUUUCGCUAUCCUUUUCAGUCACAGCUGGAAGCUGCGGGCUCCCCACCGCUCCCACUGUGCCCAUCUCCCUUUGAUCAAGCACUGACUGUUGUAGAGGCUUCUGAUUGGUUGCAUACGCACUCAAUCUUGUAGAAGGAUGUGUGGGUCGAGUCAGUGGGCCUGAACACUGUGGCAGAGAGUGGGUCCGGAGACUAUCGUUAUUUCUUUCUCCAUCGGGUGCAACCUGAGCAGAGGGUGCCGGCCGGAUGCCACCUACACCUUCAGGCGCAGUCGGGGUGGACAGUGCUGGCCGGACACUAUCAUCCCAGCACCUGUAACUUACAUCGCUUCCCUUUCUCUCUGCUGUUUUUUCUUCUACUGCCUCCCUAACUUUUGACCAAUCCGUACCCAGGCCUUUCCCGCAGUCCCCACCCCCCUGGGUGUUACUGCAUUCCAACUCCUCAGAGGAGACAGCAAGUGUCCCAUCCCAGCUCACUUUUUUCUCGGCCCCCACAGGUGGUGUUAGGUUACACAGAG